AUGAGCUCUAUUGUUGAAAUCCCCUCAAUUGAAGGAUCAGACCCGGAGACAGAUCCUUUGGAUGCCUUUAAGAAUGUUCUAGCGGCCCAGCUUUCAAAAUUGAUAGAUUUGGAUAUUAAAGUUUUAUACGAAGCAUUAGAGGCCCCUCGUGCAUCAGAGAAUGGGCACAUUGCAUUGUCUGUACCUCGUCUCAGGCUUAAAGGUAACCCCUCGGCGAUUGCCUCUGACAUUGUUGAAAAGUUCCAAUUGAAUGAUUACGUCCUAUUGGCCAAAGCAGAUGGCCCCUUUGUCAAUUUUUUCUUGAACCACAUUAAACUUGCACAAGCGCUUUUUAAGAAGAUCUACAACACUAAGGAGAAUUGGGGAAACAACAACCUUGGUCAGCAAAAGAAAGUCAUUGUUGAGUUUUCAUCGCCUAAUAUUGCCAAGCCCUUUCAUGCUGGGCACUUGCGCUCGACUAUCAUCGGAUCAUUUGUUCGCAAUAUCUUGAAAGCCAAUGGGUAUGAUACUAUUAGUAUGAACUACCUUGGAGACUGGGGUAAACAAUAUGGCUUGUUGGCUGUCGGGUUUGAGCGCUAUGGGUCAGAGGAGAAGCUCUUGGAAGAUCCUAUCAAACAUCUCUUUGACGUCUAUGUAAAGAUCAAUCAAGAUGCUAAGGAAAACAACGCUGUUCAUGAUGAAGCUCGUGCCUACUUCAAGAAGAUGGAGGAUGGAGACGAAGCGGCACUCAAGAUCUGGUCUCGAUUCCGAGACUUGUCAAUUGCCAAGUACAAAGACAUCUAUGCUCGCCUCAACAUUGCCUUUGAUGUUUAUUCAGGAGAAUCCCAGGUCACAGACGGCAUGAACCGCGCCUUGAAAAUGCUGCAUGAGAAAAAUUUGCUAACUGAAUCUGAUGGAGCACUAAUUAUCGAUCUCACGAAGUACAAACUCGGCAUCUGCGUAGUCCAGAAGAAGGAUGGUACUACACUUUACAUCACUCGCGAUAUCGGCGCAGCAAUAGAGCGUUACGAGAAGUAUGGAUUCGAACACAUGUACUAUAUUGUAGCAUCACAACAAGACUUGCAUCUGAAACAGCUAUUCAAGAUCCUGGAGUUGCUCGAGUUUGAAUGGGCCAAUAAGGUGACACAUAUUAAUUUUGGUAUGGUUGGAGGCAUGUCAACACGAAAGGGUACAGUUGUCUUUUUGGAGGAUAUCCUCGAGGAGACUCGCGACACUAUGCACGAGGUCAUGAAGAAGAAUGAGCACAAAUAUGCACAGAUUGAAGAUCCUCUCGCGGUUGCAGACAACAUUGGUAUUUCAGCUAUCAUGACUCAGGAUGCAUCGGCCCGUCGUGUCAAGAAUUAUGACUUUGAUUGGAAGCGCAUGUUCUCAUUCGAAGGUGAUACAGGCCCAUACCUUCAAUAUGCCCAUGCUCGUCUGUGCUCGAUCGAGCGCAAGACGGAGAUGGAGGUGAAUCCCAACGCAGAUUUACGCCACCUAGACGACUCGCGUGCCGCCGCUGAUCUUAUUACGAUGAUUGCGCGGUACCCACAAAUUGUGCGUGAAACGGCGCGCCUUUUUGAGCCUGUUAACAUUGUGGGCUACGCUAUGAAGUUGUCGCAUCACGUUUCUCAGGCACUUGAGUCGAUGUAUGUGAUGGGUGCAGAAAAGGAUGUUGCAGAGGCGCGUCUAUUCAUGUACUGGUGUGCGCGUAUGACUCUUGGUAAUGCUAUGCGGCUCUUGAACUUGAAGCCGCAGGAGCGUAUGUAG